ACUUUUAUGAUUCCUAAGUCUCAUUAGGAGCCACUGGCCCUGAGGUAUUCUGACAAUAUCAAAUGUGGCCCUCUUUGAAAAAAGAUUGGACACCACUGGUCUAGAGUAAGGGCUGGCACGUGUGCUCGCUUGUAUGCGCGUUCACGUGCUGUUUUGUUCAGCAAAAGUCACUGCCAGGAUAAAGAGACUCUACGAAUCAAUUUUGCUUUCAAAUAUUCCACAGUAGUUUCAAACAAGAGCAGAGCAACAUGUUGGAUAUGUAAAAUAACCAUCGAAGAGAAGACAGAGACAAGCUCGGACUUUAACAGUCAUCUGUCCAGGAUGCACCCGGAGAAGCUGCCAGAGGAAGGUGUGAGGAGUAAGUUGUGUGUGGAUGACAUAAAAGGAUGUAAGACAUACAGUAUCACUUCCCCAGCAGCAGUCACGUGGCUGUUACAAGAGAAAAUGUCUCCACAAAGGAAGAAAAACAUCUCUUCGGUUUCGCCUACACAUUCUCAGGGUUUCCAAGAUGACAGCGACAGACCGCAUCAAAGCCAGGCUUGUAGCUGAAGUCACAUGAUCAAGGGAAGGAACUACCUUACACUCUCCGCCCCCAUUAGCACCCACAGGCUCAUAUAAAAACCAAAUCAACCUGAAAGAACACAUCAAGUGAAGAGAGACAGAAUUUAGAGAGUGGAAAACAGAGAAGUUCACACAGAGAUACAACUACAAUUUUAUUUAAAAUUUAAAAAGAAACAGAAAGAUGCUGUUGAAGGUUUUAGUCCUUGGGAUGGUUAUCAGUUUUAUGAAAGGGGCUCAUUGUCAGAUAACUGAGGUGCUUGCUGAAGCAGGCUCUCAGGCUGUGCUUCCCUGUAAAUGCAGCUCCUCAUCCACCAUCUCCUACAACAUCGUCUGGAGCAAAGGCAACAAAGGCACUGUUUGGAGAAAGCAACAGAGCGGUCUGCAGUACUGGGGCUCUAGCUGGAAUCAGAGAGGAGCCCAUCGUGUACAAUGCCCACACUACCAGUUUGAAAGAGGGGACUACAGCCUGCAAAUCAACAAUGUGAGGGAGGAGGAUGGUGGAAUCUACUCCUGCAGGAUCCAACAUGGAAACGAGGUCACUGAAAAUGUGGUCAGGCUCAGAAUCAUCAAGGUGACUAUCUCUCCACCGGCUGCCAUCGAAGGUCAAAGUGUUUCAAUCACCUGCACUGUAACUCCAUGGCCUUACGGAGCCAAUGUGCAAUGGACUUUGAACAACAGCCCAUUCGUGCCUCGGACUGAAACGACCACAGACAGAGGACUGUCUAACAAGGUUGUGAGGGAAGAGGCAACUUCAAGAGUAUCUGGAAACUGGACCUGUGUCGUGGCAUACAAAGGCAAACAUGGAAAAGCUUCUGCAACUCUGGCUAUGAAGGGAAUCAUCAAACCACCCAAAGACAGCACCAAGCUGUACUCUGCUGUAGGAUCUGCAGUCAGCCUCCCCUGUGUGUUGUCCUCUGGUUCGAUCCCGUCCAGUCCGGUGUGGGAGAAACUGAAACCUGGAUCUCUGUUCAAUCCCGUUCCUGGUCGCCUUCCCACUUCUUUUUCUCCAUCCUCACCAUCCUCCCAGACCCCCUGGGAAAUAUCUGCCAGUUUAAAAGAGGUCAAGUUCGAAGAUGAAGGACGGUAUAGAUGCUCUGCCACCAUCCAAGGACAACGGUUGACUCGAAAUAUGCAGCUUGUCGUUGCCAAAAUUGAAAGCAGCGGUGUGUCAAAGAAAAAACGCUCGCUGACUCUGACCUGCCAACUGACGGACACAAGCGAAGUCACAGACUAUGAAUGGGUUCGUGUGGAGUAUGAUCUCAACGACACUCAGUCAGUUGAGUCCAUACAGAAAGGCAAGAGCCUGACCAUAAACACAGAGUCUGAGGAGAACCACCGUGAAUGGGUGUGCCGUUUCUACGGGAAAGAGGGCAUCUUGGGAAAUGUGACAUACCACCUUCAUCAGAUGAGUGGCCUGACUGGAGAAAAAUCAUCAAAUCCCACACAAAACAUGGCUGCCAUUGUUGGUCUCAGCAUACUGCUGCUUGUUCUGCUGCUGAUUUUGGCUCAGAUGUACAAGAACCAUCAAAGGAGGAGAAGGAUCUUUCAGUACCCUGCGCUGGAGACGAUCAUUCAUACGGCUUCCAAUGAGCGGGAGGAGAGAGGAAGGAGCCAAGGAAAAGAGUAGAGACACAGUGAAGCAGAGGCAUCACAGAAAAGAAGCUUUCAUGAAGAGGGACCUGACUUUUCACACCUGAAGUGUUUUGGGAGACUUUUGUUUGCACAAUUUUGUAAAUAGUGUUUUCAGAGCAGACGUUGUAGCAGUCCUGUUGUUGAAUUUGAAAUGUUGGGACAUUGUUUCAUUGUGUUUGGCAGUGUACUAAGAUUAAAAUGUUCUGGGAAAAGAUUAAAAAGACGAUAGAAAAAAUUGUUUUAAAAGAUAUUCCGAUGGAUCCCAGGCUUUUUAUUUUAGGACUUUACCCAAAUAAUCCUAAGUUUACUAAAAAUGACCAGAUAAUGAUAGAUCUGUGUCUGUUGCACGCCAAAAAAUCCAUCGCAAUGUUUUGGAAAAAUAUUAACAGACCAAGUAUAUCAUACUGGGUAAGACAAAGGCUUGUAACCCUUCCUUUGAAAAAAUAUGGGGACCCUUUACUGCCUUCGUGAAAAUUAUUGAGCCGUCAGAUGAUGAGGUGAAGGAAUGAGUUUUCUCCUAUGGUUUGCUCUGAUAGAAACCUCAAUACAUAUUGACUGAAGCUUGUGCAGAUAAUAUUAUAUCUUUAUUUUUUGACUGUGUACUACCCUUUCAUGUUAUUUUAUUUUAUAUACAUAUUUGCAUAAAAGAUGGCUUUUGGUCAAAGAAGAAGUUUGUUUUCAUGUUUAAUGUUGGUGGGUGCUUUGGUUGUGAGGAACACAUCAAUUUGUUGUUUUGUCUCUAAAAUGUGUAAAAAAAAAAACCCUUAAUAAAUAUAUUGAUUGAAAAAAAGGAAUGUUGUGUAUUAUGCAGUUAUCUGAAAUGUGAUUUCUUUUCAAAUAUU